CAAGUGUCACUACGUCACGCAGGUGUGCUGAAAGGUGCGUUCACUGGCUGUUUUGAAUUGAAAGCACAAAGCCGUCGAACAGGAACUUCUGCUCAUUACACACCCGCCUGGUGAAUAGCUGUAAAGUUGUCCCCGCAGCCUUGGAGAGUCGGUGCGUACUUUAGUGACCUACGCAGUUUCCACCUAAAACUGCACCAAAAUGAGCAAAAUUUCAAAGUUAUUCAAGGGCAGCUCCAGCUCGAGCUCUUCGAGCUCGUCUAAGUCCAAACACCAUAAGUCACGAGGAGGACCUUCGGCCCAGGAGGCCAUCCACAAACUUCGGGAAACGGAAGAAAUGCUGACAAAGAAACAAGACUACCUGGAGAAGAAGAUCGAGCAGGAACUAAUGACCGCCAAGAAACAUGGAACCAAAAACAAGCGAGCUGCCCUGCAGGCCCUGAAGAGGAAGAAGCGUUGCGAGCAGCAGCUCACCCAGAUCGAUGGCACACUCUCCACCAUCGAGUUUCAGAGGGAAGCUUUGGAGAACUCGCACACCAACACGGAGGUCCUGAAGAACAUGGGCUUUGCUGCCAAGGCCAUGAAGAAAGUCCAUGAAAACAUGGACAUUGACAAGAUAGAUGACCUGAUGCAGGACAUCAAUGAGCAACAGGAUGUUGCCAGAGAGAUCAGCGAUGCAAUCUCCGGACCUUUCGGGGAGACAUUUGAUGAGGAUGAGCUGAUGGCAGAGCUGGAAGAGCUGGAGCAAGAGGAGCUUGAAGACAAUAUGAUGAGUAUGGGCGGAUUACCCAGCGUGCCGAGCUCCAGAAUGCCCUCUGCGCCAUCCGGUCAUCGUGCAACUACCAAGAAGAGGGUUGAAGAAGAUGACGACAUGAAAAUGCUGGCAUCGUGGGGCACUUAACUUCACUAACAGAGCUUCUUGUUUAGUGAAAGACACACACUCAGAAAGAACUUAAUGUUUUUUAAGCUUUUUGUAUUAAUUUGAAGGUUUCUAGGGAAAAUGAAGAUAGUUAUAGUUAAAUAUGUUUGUGCUUCUCGUAUCAUAAUGCCACUUUACAGGUUAUAUUUAUCAAGAAAUAAAAAUGUUUAAGUGAAGGGACCCACAAAGUGCGUUUUACAUGUUCUCAUACUUCUUUCAUGUUAAUUUCUACUUUUCUUUCAUUACGGUUGUCUUUCUUACUGAGCCCGUACAGAGGCUUAAUGAAGAAAUAAAGAUAUGACUGUAUUGUUUUAACACACUGUACAGAAUGCUCAACUGUAUGUAAUGUAGAUGUAAAUAAAGCCUUAAUUUGCAUAUAUACUGUAAAUAAACUUAAAAUAACAUCAAUUAAAAAAAGUCCCCUACAUAUUGUCAAA